AUGGCUCAAGAAAUGGACGAUUUGGAGUUUCUGCUACCGUCGGAGCUACUGACCGACGACGACCUCCUGACUGAUUUCGCCACUGGAUUUGGGAAUUCCGGCUAUCUGAGCUCUGAUCUGAGUUCCCCGGUCGAGUCGGUCACCGGCCCCUUGGAGUUCGGAAGCGACGACGAUGACGUCGUUGCCGAGUUGACCAGGAAGGUGACUCGUUCCGGAUUGGGGAACUCGAGCUUGUCAUCUGAUUUCACGGCUAAGGGAUUGAAACUAUCAGGUUCGCCCCAGUCCACUCUGUACGGGUUCAAGCCUGGUUCGAGGGGCAGCCCGAACUCUGAUUCCCGGGCUUGUUCGCCGCCUGAAGCCAAAAGUGCUCUGAGCUGGGAUUUGCUUUACGCGGCGGCGGAGGAGGUCGCGAGGAUGCGUCUGGCCGAAGAUACGGCGGCGUUCUACUCCAACGAGGUGUUCGCCCCGGCCCGCAAGCCCGGCCCUCUCUCUGUACCUCAGCCCAAACCCGAUAUGGGCACCGGUUUCUACCCGGUUCGACCUCAAACGCAGACUCACGUCUCUUACCACCAGCUGCAAGCCGCUAAGCUUCAGAUGAAGCAAAACCAGCUAAUGAUGAUGAUUAUGAAAAAUGGGGCUAUGGAUAUGGAUAAUCAGAUUCGUGAAGCAAGGAGAGAUGCCGGAGUUGAUCGAGCAUUUGGUCUGUCAACGGCCGCCUGGCCCACUUUACAACAGUCUAAGCAGCAAACAUGCUCCGCCAUGAAAGCUGCCUUCCUCAGAGAAACCGGGCAAAAAAAGGAGAGGGUUGGGACCGGCGUUUUCAUGCCCAGAAGAUAUAGCCCUAGCCCGGCUGAAGCCCGAAAGAAACCAGGGUUUUCUUUGAAUCCGAACAUUGAUUCCAUGAAUGCCCAGCUUCAAACCAGAGGCAUCGGAAAUUUCAAUCCUGAUUAUGAUGCCAUUUUGAAGCAGAGGAACAAUUUGCCGGCUGCCGCCUUUCCGGCGAGAAGCAUGAGGCCACAGCCGAUUGUGAAUCAAGAAUUCAGGCUUCCUCAAGAGUGGACUUACUAA